UCAGCCAAUCAGCGAGGACAGGAAAUCGCGGUUUCUUCAAGUUGUUGUUUACGUACCUGAAGAAACGCUUCAGGGCUCACCUCGCAUUAAACGUCAUAUUAUCAGUUUACGUCACAGAGGAAGGGGUUUCUGCUCGAUGUCUCCACAUUAAGCCGUCUUCCAGAGAGAGCGAAUCCCUAACUCUACGUCCCGUGCCACUGCGUCCUUAAAGCGGGUUCCCCUCAGGAUGCCGAUGGUGCUGCGGUCCAGGAAAUCCAUCCGCCCCCGGCAGGCGGGUGAGGAAGAGUUCCGGGACACGACGCCGCCGCCGGCAGCACGGGGAAGGUCGAGCCUCCCGCCCGGGACGUCUGCGCACGAGGAUUCGGAUGAGUCAGACUCUGAGUCCGUCCGAGGCCAAGUGAUGGAGACGCAUUCAAGUGUCCCUGCUGACCUGGAGGAGGAAACCGCUGAGGAGGCUGGUGUCACGGAGCUGAAGUAUUGCAGUGUGGUGCUGGACCGCCUGCUGGUUGACGACAAGGCUGCAAGAAAAGAGUUUGAGGAGAAAGAAGACAUGAACCGCAAAGGCGGUAAACUCGUCUCCCGAAUCCCCACUUUCAACAAACGGCCGGCCAUUGCCAGCGCGACCCCGGAGCCAGCUGCUCUCAAAAAAGAUGCCCCCGUCCCCGGAGCUCAGCCUGCUGGGAAGGCUUCAGGUGGGAGUGCGGAGGCCUCGAAAUCCAAGCCGCUCGAGGUCAGAGAAACGGCUCUCCCACUGCCAACAGUCCGCGUCCCCAAAGUCGGCCUGGAAGCCCCCCCUCCGUUCGGCAGUCCAGAACUAGCAGCAGCAGCCCGUAGUCCCCUGAUUACUGCACCCAAGAGCUGGAGUUUGUCCGAGCCUGCACAGUACUCUUCAAUGACUGCGAGCCCCAGGCCUGCCCUCAGACCAGACCACGGCUCGGAGCAGCAUGUACCAGAGCGAGACCAGAGCAAAGAGUUUGAAACAGAAACUGACGGCGCACGGGCUGCCCCCGUAUCUCGCCAUCCAGCCGAGGCCUACGUCAGCCAAAAGCCACCGGAGGACGCAGAAGAGCAGCACGGAAGAAGCAGGAUCAUCCUCACUGCUUCUGGAGAUACGGAAAAGUCAGAGCCCGCGGACAUCCUUCACGCAGCCGAGGUUAGCCAAGAGGAGGCCAUUAUGGAUGAACAGCCGCCGUGGGACACGAAGCCGACGCACCCGCUUGAAUUAAAUGACAGCAGAUCCUCGUCAGACGUUGAAUGCGAGGAUGAGUUUGCGGAUGAGAAGUCUGAGGGCCACGAUUCAGCGGAGGAGCAUCACGAACCGCUCAUACUAAGCCAGCCUGAGGUUUCUGAUGCCGCAGAGGAAAGGGCCGACGUCGAUGAACCGACCUCUCCUGUAGCGCCAGAGAAACCCACUAAAGCUCAGUCGACCAGGUCAACCAAGAGCUCAGGAUGCUCCAGUUUCGUCCUCUUCUGCUUCUUGCCCACCACCCUGCUGCUUCUAGGGGGGUUCGGCCAGCACGUUUGGCACUACGGCCUUCCCCUGUCCGUGGCUCAGCUCGCGGCUCAGCUGGAGCUGCACUGGCUGGAGGGCUUCGGCUUCGUACCAGAGCCUUGCAGCACCGACUGUCGAGUGCAGUUGGUGGAGAGCAUCCCCGUGGGUCUCUACCAGUCUUCUCCCUCGCCCAGAGGGAGCAUCGCAGACAGCUGGCUGCGUCUGCUGGACAAGGCCAACAGCUCGGUGCAGAUCGCUGCUUUCUACUUGACUCUGCGAGGCGACGAGUUGGCGGACUCCUCUGACUCUCAGGGAAGAAUGGUCUUUGAGCAACUUAAACAGCUCAAAUCCAAAGGCGUGAACCUCCAGAUUGCCGUCAACGCCCCCCAGAGCUCGACUGAAGAUACAGCACAACUGGCUGCAGCAGGUGCAGAAGUCAGAGAGGUGGACCUCGGGGCUGUGACUGGAGGCAUUGUCCACACCAAGCUGUGGGUGGUGGAUCAAAAGCACUUCUACCUGGGUAGUGCCAACAUGGACUGGCGCUCCCUCAGUCAGGUGAAGGAGGUCGGCCUGUCUGUGGAGGACUGCAGCUGCCUGGCUCAGGACGCCUCUCGGGUCUUUGGGGUGUACUGGAGCAUCGGCGGCGCGGCCAACGGCUCCCUGCCGCCGUACUGGCCUGCUCGUCUCUCUGCCCUGUCCAGCUCCCAGAAUCCCCUGCGACUGAAGUUCAACGGAGUGCCUGCUCAAGUCUACCUGUCUAGCGCCCCUCCUCAGAUCUCCGCCCGCGGCCGCUCCGACGAUCUCUCCACCAUCCUGUCGGUCAUCGACGACGCCCAGAGAUUCAUUCACAUCUCCGUCAUGGACUACCUCCCUCUGUCUCAGUACACAGAACCGCUCAGGUUCUGGCCGGCCAUCGACUCCGCCCUGCGUGCUGCGGCCUGCACCAGAGAUGUCCAGGUCAGACUCCUGGUCAGCUGCUGGAAGCACUCCCCUGCCCCCAUGUUCCCCUUCCUGCAGUCCCUGCUGGCCCUCAACAGGCCUCAGCUGAAGUGUGACAUUGACGUGAAAAUAUUUACAGUGCCUUCAACGGCGGAGCAGAUGAAGAUUCCCUUUGCACGAGUCAAUCAUGCCAAGUACAUGGUCACGGACAGAGUGGUCUACAUAGGGACGUCCAACUGGUCCCAGAACUACUUCACCCAGACAGCCGGAGUGGGCUUGGUGGUGAACCAGACCGGCUCCGUGGUUGAAAAAGGCCAAGAGACCCUGCAGAGCCAAGCAGAGGAGCUGUUCCUCAGAGACUGGACGUCUGAGUAUGCCAGCAGUCUCUCUCUGGACGACGUGGACGUUUGCCCCCGCCACCCAUACUGAGGGCCAAUUGUUCAAAUAAAGCACAUUGAAGAUGAGCAUCCUGCCUGCUGCUGCCACUUGAACUUUAUUCAGCUUCUGCAGAAUCCGCUUGCUGUACCGUGUGAAUGAACACACUUUAUCUUAUGGCCGUUUCCCGGCUGGCUGGCUGCCUUUCUGUAUAUAAUUGCAAGUUUUUUUUUUAAAGUAUUUUGUUCCGGAACGUAUCAUUUUUAUACUCUGCAUUGUUCUGAAUAUUUUCUUAAGAGUAAAUGUGCAAGGGGAACUCGCUUUGUACAAUUUAUUUUCAUGCCUGGAGCAUUCUGUAUAUUUUCUCUUAAACAUGUCGGUGCCAAGCUUUAACAUCCUCACGCAGGAGAUAAAACAUUUCCAAAGAGGUUCAUACACAGACGGCCAUGUUUGCACCGCUGAAGCUAUCAGCUGUUAAUGUUUAUGUAGUGAAACCAUACGAUAUGUUACUCCAAGAUGCUUGUAAAUACUGAUGUCUUGCUCACAAAGAAAUCCAAUUUGAAUAUGUACCACUACAGACAGUAAAAACCGAGCAUGCUUUGCUUUAUGAUUAAAGUGUUCUGUACUUCUCAGGCACCUGUUACUGUAUAUAAUUACUAAAUGUGCCCGUUUCCUUCAUUACCAGGGUCACAUGUUCUAUGCUUGACACACUGUUCCUGUUAUCAGUGGACCUGUUUCUUUAGUAACAGAGCAGUUUGGUGGAUGUUUCUGUAUAAAUAAAACCUUCUUGGAUGGUGAUCUUUGAGAGCGUCAUGAGUACGAGGACAGGAGGGUUGUCGAUUCACCCUAACUACCAAACUUGUUUCUUGCUUGCCUCUCCCGUAUGCAGUUAGUUUUUGGUUAAAUUGUGCCUUUUUUUUUUUUUUUUUAAAAAGGUGCAAUAUAUGGAAUUCAGAGCAUUAACAUAGCAGCAAACAACUAUUUGCUAUGUGAAGAUAUAGUGGAGUGAUACUACCUGAUCAGACAAUAAAAAGGCCCUUUCCCUUGUGUGUUGUUAUCAGAGCUUCUCCUUUAUUGCUUACAUUGCCGUAAACCGGGCAUGUCACGUGUACUUUUAGUGCAUGUGAGCUUGAACUAUCUGCAUGGAUAGUCAUGAAGAGACAACUCUUUAGGUAAGGGAGAUAGUUGUUUUCUGGGUGAACUGACCUUUUUAAAUAUUC